UUUCUCUUUCCUUUAACUGGAAAUACUCAAGAAGUGUAGGAGAUAAGAACGACGUUAACUCCAACCAAGAUGGCUAAGACGCAGGCAAUUGGCAUUGAUCUUGGUACUACAUACUCCUGUGUAGGAGUUUUUGAACACGGAAAAGUUGAGAUCAUUGCAAAUGACCAGGGAAACAGGACAACACCAAGUUUUGUAGCCUUCACCGAUACCGAAAGGCUUAUCGGAGACGCAGCUAAGAAUCAAGUUGCGAUGAAUCCUUCAAAUACUGUCUUUGAUGCAAAGAGAAUGAUUGGUAGAAGAUCAGAUGACCCAAAUGUGCAGAAAGAUAAAAAGUUGUGGCCUUUUGACGUUGUCGACGAAGGUGGCAGGCCAAAAAUUGAAGUUGUAUACAAGGGGGAAACGAAAAGAUUUUUUCCAGAAGAAAUUUCUUCUAUGGUUCUCACUAAAAUGAAGGAGACAGCUGAAGCUUAUUUAGGAAAGAAAGUGGACAAUGCAGUUGUCACUGUUCCUGCAUAUUUCAAUGACUCACAAAGACAAGCAACUAAGGAUGCUGGUACCAUUUCAGGACUAAAUGUAAUGAGAAUUAUCAAUGAACCAACAGCUGCUGCCAUUGCAUAUGGGUUAGAUAAGAAAGUCGGAACUGAAAGAAAUGUCCUGAUUUUUGAUCUUGGUGGAGGCACAUUUGAUGUGUCUGUGUUGACAAUAGAAGAUGGUAUCUUUGAAGUGAAAUCAACUAAUGGUGACACUCACUUGGGUGGUGAAGAUUUCGAUCAAUCCAUGGUCCACCAUUUUGUAGAAGAAUUUAAGAGGAAACACAAGAAGGAUAUUUCAUCGAAUAAACGUGCAGUGCGUCGUUUGAGAACUGCUUGUGAAAGAGCCAAGAGGACUCUGUCAUCAAGCAAACAAGCCAGUAUUGAAAUUGAUUCACUCUUUGAAGGCAUAGACUUUUAUACCUCUAUCACACGUGCCAAGUUUGAAGAUCUUAAUAUGCAUUUUUUCAAUUCUGCAAUGGAGCCUGUGUCCAAAGCAUUGAAGGAUGCAGGAUUGGGAAAAGAUGAAAUUCAUGAUAUUGUCUUGGUAGGGGGUUCAACUCGUAUUCCAAAGAUUCAAGAUCUAUUGAGCAAUGCAUUUAACAAAAGAGAACUGAAUAAGUCAAUCAACCCUGAUGAAGCUGUUGCAUAUGGUGCUGCUGUGCAAGCUGCUAUUCUCAGUGGAGACAAGAGUGAACAGGUCUCUGAUCUCCUGUUACUUGAUGUUGCUCCAUUGUCGCUUGGAAUUGAAACUGCUGGUGGCAUCAUGACUGCCCUUAUUUCGAGGAACACAACUGUCCCAACCAAACAGAGCCAGAUAUUUACAACCUAUGCAGAUAAUCAACCCGGUGUCUUGAUUCAGGUUUUUGAAGGAGAGCGUGCAAAAACAUCCGAUAACAAUCUUCUUGGUAAAUUUGAAUUAUCUGGAAUUCCCCCAGCACCUAGAGGUGUUCCACAAAUUGAGGUUACUUUUGACGUAGAUGCAAAUGGUAUCUUGAAUGUUUCUGCUGUUGACAAGAGCACAGGUAAAGAGAACAAAAUUACCAUCACAAAUGAUAAAGGACGUUUGUCAAAGGAUGAUGUUGAACGUAUGGUUGCAGAAGCUGAAAAGUAUAAGGAGGAUGAUGAGAAGCAGAGGGCAAGGAUUCAGGCAAAGAACAACUUGGAAAGUUAUGCAUACAACAUCAAAACUACUAUCAAUGAUGAUAAGGUUAAGGACAAAAUUUCAGAAGAAGACAAAAAGAGCAUUGACGACAAAUGCAAAGAAAUCAUCGAUUGGUUGGACCAUAACCAGGAUGCUUCAACUGAAGAAUUCGAAACCAAGCAGAAAGAUAUAGAAGGUGUAUGCAUGCCAAUCGUUACAAAACUUUAUCAAGGUGCUGGUGGUACUGGCAUGCCUGGAGGAAUGCCCGGAGGAAUGCCUGGUGGUGGAAUGCCUGGUGGUGGAAUGCCUGGUGGUGCACCACCACCAAGUGGUGGAUCUGGUGGACCAACUAUUGAGGAAGUUGACUAAAAAAGGACAUGUCAUCUAAAGCACCUAUGCACUGUUAAAAAUGGAAUUGUUUCGUUUGUUUUUGUAAACUUCAAAUAGUUUCUUUCCUGUCUUACAUUAAUUUUUAUGGAUGAAGGAGAGUUAGAAGAAUUACAUGAAUACAUCAGUGAUCA